AUGGCUGCCCUGGACAGCAAGGCCUCUGGUAAAAUGGGUGUUCGAGCAGUGAUUUACUACACAACCACAACUGUCCUGGCUGUGAUAACAGGCAUCAUUAUGGUGUUGAUCAUCCAUCCUGGAGCAGGAGGCAAGGAAAAGAUGCACCGGGAGGGGAAGAUUGAAGAAGUGCAUUCAGCUGAUGCAUUCAUGGAUUUAGUCAGGAACGUGUUCCCCCCAAACUUGGUGGAGGCUUGCUUUAAACAGUUCAAAACCAACUAUGGAGUGAGAAAGGUAAAGCCAAUCAUUGCACAGAAUGGAAGUGUCAGCUCAGCUUCAGUGGUGAGCAACUUUUCACAGGCUAAGAAUCUGCUGCUGGAGGUAACAGAAGAGGUGAUUCCAAUCUCAGGCUCUGUGAAUGCAGUCAAUGCCCUGGGGCUCGUCGUUUUCUCCAUGAGUUUUGGUCUUGUGAUUGGAAACAUGAAAGAAGAUGGAGUGAUCCUCCGUGAUUUCUUUGACUGUCUGAAUGAAGCCAUUAUGCAAUUGGUGUCCGUUAUCAUGUGGUAUGGUGUUUUAAGUACACUGUAA